AUGUUGCGCGAUGCGCAGGUCCUAGAAGCGAAAGAAAAGCAGGGCUAUACCGCCGGAGCCUCGCACCUGCCAGAUCGGUCCAUCCGAGAUAUCCGAGAUAUCCGAGCGGCCUGUGACCUUUGGAGUUUGGGGGUGGUGACCUAUGUCAUGCUGUGCGGGAAACCACCCUUUUGGGGCAAUUACAAUGAGCAACUGCGCAGGAUGAAGCGUGAGACCUUUCCCAUGAGCGACAGUACUUGGCAGCAGAUUUCCCGCCCGGCCAAGGCGCAGCGGAGCUCAUUCGGGGCCUCCUCCGAGCAGAUCCGAAACAAAGGACGGGACAUCGAGAGCGGCUAA